UUAAAGCACCUGCCCGCCUGUCGCGGCUACUAAGGUGCCGUCAGAGCCCAAGACUCGGCUCCAUGGACACUCUACGGACGGCGUCCGGCGCUCGGCGGGGAGUUGUGAUGGACGCAUUCCAAGAAUGUGAAAUAUGAGUGACCCCUGUGGGAAGAAAGUUGUCCAAGAAAUCAGCCCCACCAUGAGUCUGUGGGGGCUUGAGGACAGACACAGCUGCCAAGGUCGACCUCAGCCAGACCAGGAUCCUGUGGCUAAAGAGGCCUCUGCUUCCGAGCUGCAGAUGAAGGUGGACUUUUUCCGUAAACUGGGAUACUCGUCUUCUGAGAUCCACAGUGUCCUGCAGAAGCUGGGAGUCCAAGCAGACACCAACACGGUGCUGGGGGAGCUGGUGAAGCACGGUUCAGCUACUGAACGAGAGUGCCAGGCCUCCACAGACCCCUGCCCCCAGCCCCCUCUGGUGCCCCGGGGUGGAAGCACCCCCAAGCCUUCCACUGUAGAACCCUCACUCCCAGAGGAGGACAAAGAGAGCAGUGACCUGAGACCAGUGGUCAUCGACGGAAGCAACGUGGCCAUGAGCCAUGGGAACAAAGAAGUCUUCUCCUGCCGGGGCAUUUUGCUGGCUGUGAACUGGUUUCUGGAGCGGGGCCAUACAGACAUCACCGUGUUUGUGCCAUCGUGGAGGAAGGAACAGCCUCGGCCAGAUGUGCCUAUCACAGACCAGCACAUUCUGCGGGAACUAGAGAAAAAGAAGAUCCUGGUGUUCACGCCAUCCAGGCGGGUCGGUGGCAAGCGUGUGGUGUGCUACGAUGACCGAUUCAUUGUAAAGCUGGCCUACGAAUCCGACGGAGUGGUAGUGUCCAAUGACACAUACCGGGACCUCCAGGGCGAGAGGCAGGAGUGGAAACGCUUCAUCGAGGAGAGGCUGCUCAUGUACUCCUUCGUCAAUGACAAGUUCAUGCCCCCUGACGACCCUUUAGGACGCCACGGGCCUAGCCUGGACAACUUCCUGCGUAAGAAACCACUGCCUUCUGAACACAGGAAGCAGCCAUGUCCCUAUGGGAGAAAAUGUACUUAUGGAAUCAAGUGCCGGUUCUUCCACCCCGAGCGGCCAAGCCGCCCCCAGCGCUCUGUGGCUGAUGAGCUCCGGGCCAACGCCCUUCUCUCGCCCCCCAGGACUCCAGUCAAGGACAAAAGUAGCCAGAGGCCUUCCCCUGCCUCUCAGCCCAACUCCAUGUCCCUAGAGGCUGAGCCAGGCAGCCCAGAUGGGAAAAAACUGGGUACCAGAUCCUCCCCAGGCCCCCACCAAGAAGGCUCAACACAGACCUGUGCUCCGGCCGGCAGGAGCCUCCCUGUUAGUGGGGGCAGCUUUGGGCCCACAGAGUGGCUCCCACACACCCUGGACUCGCUCCCAUACACCUCCCAGGAGUGCCUUGAUUCAGGCAUUGGCUCCCUGGAGAGCCAGAUGUCAGAAUUGUGGGGGUUGCGAGGAGGUAGCCCUGGGGAGUCGGGCCCCACUCGGGGUCCUUAUACUGGUUACCAAACCUAUGGAUCCAAGCUCCCUGCAGCGCCUGCCUUUUCUCCCUUUAGACAAGCCAUCGGUACUGGCCAUUUCAGUGUCCCCACCGACUAUGUGCCCCCGCCACCCACCUACCCAGCCAGAGAGUACUGGUCUGAGCCAUACCCAUUGCCCCCACCCACUCCAGUCCUUCAGGAGCCCCAGAGACCCAGACCCAGGGCCAGUGGGGACCCCUGGGGCAGGGUGAGCGACCUGGCCAAAGAAAGGGCUGGUGUGUAUACCAAGCUGUGUGGUGUCUUUCCCCCACACCUGGUAGAAGCUGUGAUGGGUCGCUUCCCACAGCUCCUGGACCCCCAGCAGCUGGCCGCUGAGAUCCUUUCUUACAAGUCCCAGCACCUCAGUGAGUAAACCAGAAGGUGGCUCAAGGGGCUACCAGGCAUCACAGAUCGGUCCCCAGCCCCUGGCCUACCCUGGAAGUUGGACAGAGGGACAAGUGGAGCAGGCAAGGGAAUCCUCAAACCAAAGAUACCAUAGGAUUGGUUCUGGCCCUGUGGCCCUCUAUCUACUCCCCACGGGUCAGAAGCGAUCACCCUGUUGAUACACAUUGUAUCUCUGUCAUUUAAGGAGACGCUGCCGGUCAGGCCGUCCAUCCGUGGCUGAUGCCCAAACCCUCUUUUUUUCUCAGAGGGCAGGGUAGAGGGUCUGGGGGAGCAGAGGUCUGAGCUAAACCCCACCCUCUACCCUGUCCCUGGGACGCCGGCACCACCGGCUAGUUGGGCACCAUGUGCCUGCCCUCUGAGGCCCCCCUCAAGCCAAUGCGGCCUCAUCCCUGUUCACAGGGUGUGAGGCUUCAUGUUAGUAAGCAAGAUGCUUGUUUUAACCCACUCGCCCGCUCUGCCCACCUACCCCACCCCACACACACCAGGGCUCCAAGGCCCUGUUUCCACACCUUCCCCUUCCCCACAGGUGGGAGGACACACGUACUACGCCAUGUACAGAGACAAGAUUUAAAUGUUUUAAACGAAAAGAUCAUCAAAAUAAAGGCUAUUGCCAGUCAUUUGAAUCA